AGGAAAUCGUCUUCAACCCUCGCGAAAGACCGGGGCUUGUUCCGCCACGCUCCGCUUUUCGAUGCCCGUGAAGCACGCGUCCCUCAACGCACACUCCUGCAGCGCAUAAAGGGAAAAUCAAAAGAAAAAAAAAACCGCGGCCAAAGCAAUCGUGUCUCUAGCAUAAACGUAGACUUUUCUUUUGUUUUCGAACGAUGCGCUAUCGUCAGUCGAACCCGCGGUACCAAGGCGGCGAUCAGCGGGCGAAGGAGCUCGUCAACAAUAAUGACGUUCUCAGCACCCAAGAGCAAGAGGAGGUCAUCGCGUACUUCGCGCGGUCGUUGCGGAGCAGCUCCCAGUUCCUCAAAGUUGUUGUCUGCCUUCACGCCCUUGUCGCCCUCGUGUACCUCGUUCUCUUGCUGAGCGGGUCGCUAAUGUUCGAUCUGGAGGUGGACCACGCAACGACGGCGAAGCUGCUCGAGGUCGCGCUGCAGCAGCGGCGGGUGCGCACGGCCGCUGCAGAGAUCAACACCGCCGCCGUAACGCCGUCGCCGAUCUCUCCCGCUGAGCUGCAGGCCACGCAGGAUCCCCUCGCCGUGCUUGCGGCGCUCGACGCGCAGCAGCGCGAUGCAAAUCGCAGGUUCACGCAAGACUACCUGGCGCGUCGCAGCGGCUCUCUCUCCGGUACGUCCAUGACGGUCGCGAACGUCAUGUCGGUGGUGGUGAUGCUGUACAGCGCCGGCCUGCUGUUGUGGGCUGCGUGGAGUGGCUACAUGGCGUGCCGCCUGCUGCGCGUAAAUGUGGAGGACCUGACGAGCACCGCGCCACGUGACCUUGGCGCAUCUCUUGCGGCUAAGCGGGAUAACAACGUAAUCGGCAACAGCAUCGACCCCGCACACGCGACUCCUCCAACAGGCACAGCACAAAACCCAUUAGCAGUACGAUCAACACGGGCGAAGCUGCUGCGGCUGCGGCAGCGUGUUCACACCGAUCCCCCCGUCGCCCAGUACGUCAUCGCCGCCCUCGCAGCUGCGGCCUCGCUCUUUUGGCUCGGUGCGCUGCUGCGUCGUCAGCUAGCGAUGCGAGGUGCGUACGCCGAGGCUGGUCUGCCGCCGCCGUCGGUGUUCGCUGGUCACGGCGUAACAGGGGCGUUGCUGGAGUACGUGCUCGCCCUGUGGCAGCCCGUCUUCCACCUUGCCAUCGGCCGACUUCUCCGCUCCAUGCUGGACACGAAGGAGAACUUGACCGCGCUGUCAAAGAUGAAGUACCGCUUUGAAAAGGUGUAA